AAGCCGCGUGAGACAAAUCUCUUGAUAUUAAGUAAUAAGCCGGAGGUUUUAACAUGUCGGUCUUUCACGACGAAGUCGAAAUUGAGGACUUCGAAUACGACGAAGAAACCGAAACGUAUUACUUCCCGUGUCCCUGCGGAGACAGAUUUGCUAUCACGAAGGAGGAUUUGGAGAAUGGUGAGGAAGUGGCCACUUGUCCAAGCUGCUCGCUGAUUGUUAAAGUAAUUUAUGACAAGGAGCAGUUUAUGUGCGGGGAAGUAAUUGAUGCACUGCCUGCAUCAGAAACAAAACUGGAGGUGGCCCAGAGAUGACAGCACAUUGGAUCUAAAUCUAGGCCUAAAGGUUGUUACUAUGUAAUGAACGUUGGACCUGAAACUGUCAGAUGAUGAAGAAUUGUAGAACCAUUGGGGAAGGAAAUAUCCUUCUCUUCUCAUGGACUCAAGACACUUGCAACUGCAGCAUUUUGCACAUGGACUAUUAGUUUUAUAAACCGUAUAAGCAUAUUUAUUUUAAUAAUAUAUCGUGCCUCUUUGUUUUAAGUGUUGCUUAAAUUCUGGAGCAUUCAAAACAUGAUGUAUAGUGUUUAGACAGUAGGGGGUGCUGCUAGAUCAUGAAGCAAAUUAAAACGGGUUUGGGAGGUAAAGGAGUGUGUGUGUGAGUGAGAGAGAGAGAGAAAUAAACAUGGUGUUAAAAUGUCA